AUGACUGACCAAGAACGUGAACGAAAAUGUUAUCUUGAUAAUGGAAUACAUAAAAUUCAUAGUGUUCAUUCUUCUUGUUUGAAGUGUGAUAAUUGUAAAAAUCAGAUAAAAGAAUUUCUAACGUGUGAAAAUUGCAUAGGAGAUAUUCUUCAUUUAUUAGAUAUUAUUGAGGAAAUGAGUAAUAGUAAUUGUGAAAUUACUGAAGAUGAUGUGGUAGAAAUUUUUUGUAAGUCAAAUACUAAAAAGAUUUGA